AGCCUCGUGCGCAGUAGUUUGUGGAUUCACCACAGUAAAAGUAGCGUGAAAUCAUUUUUAUCAGGAUAAUUGUUAUCCAGAGCUACUACUGUAUCGAACAUGCCUGAUAUCCAUCUAUAUAUUACUUUUUAUGACAUUUCUAGGGUUGGUUUUUGAAUAAAAUGUAAUUUAAAGAGCUCUGCGCGGUUUUAUUUUGGUAUUAUUAAGGAGAAUGCGUUAUAUUGCUCAGUGACUUGACACUCUGAUAGUCGCCCACUGCACCGGCUCUUGUCCCAGCUAUUCUUUAUCCCUUUAUCUUUUUUCUGGCUGUGAAUUAGCAGAGGAUUUUUUUUUAUUUUUGCGCAGUUGUUUUACGCGGCUCAGACAUGACAGUGCGCACGGUGAUGGUUCAGUUGCGCUCCGCUCAUUGACCAUCAUCCCACCUUCCAGGCCCAGUUCCAACAUCUCCAUCUUUUUCCUUCUAUCAUAACAAUGAUGGUUCGGUAAGGAGUAGUUUCGCAUUUUUCUUUUUUUCCCCUCCAACAGUGUGGAGAAGACAGUUACUGGUAUGAUGAAGAUUUGGAGCACCGAACAUGUUUUCAGUUACCCGUGGGAGACCGUGAUCAAGGCAGCUAUGAGGAAGUACCCCAACCCCAUGAACCCCAAUGUGGUCGGGGUGGACGUUCUGGAUCGCAGUCUGGACGCAGAGGGACGCCUUCACAGCCACAGGCUCCUCAGCACAGAGUGGGGGCUGCCGGGUAUUGUUCGGGCGAUACUGGGAACCAACCAGACACAGACGUACGUAAAGGAGCAUUCCAUAGUAGACCGUGAGGAGAAAAAGAUGGAGUUGUGCUCAACUAAUAUAACUCUCACUAACCUGAUAUCAGUGGAUGAGAGGCUUGUUUACACGCCACACCCAGAAAACCCUGAGGUUACUGUCCUGACACAGGAGGCCAUCAUUACAGUGAAGGGAGUCAGCCUGAGCAGCUAUUUGGAGGGGAUGAUGGUCAGAAGUAUGUCUGCUAAUGCCAGGAAGGGCUGGGAUGCUAUUGAAUGGAUAAUUCAGAACUCUGAAAGGGAGAACCACCCGCUCUGUGACAUUUACUAACACCGAUCUACUGACGGCUGCUUUCCUCAGCUACUCCUGGUAUCUGACAGGGGGUUGGGAUUCUCUGCACCUUCCAAUCCUCUGCAGUUGGUUCUUUCAUGUCAAGGAAACUAAACCUUUGCCAAAGUGAAAUGAUUGGUGAAAGUUUUUGGGAUUGUGUGUCAGGUGUAGCUGGUGUAGCAUUGCUAGCUCUUCAUUUAUAAUCCAACAACAGUCAACCAGCGGGGUAAAAAAAAAAAAAAAAAAAAAGCAGAAAGUUGUGUCAGCUAAACAAACCAAGCAGGCUUUAACAUUUUGAAUGUUAUUACUACUCUAUAUCACUUAUGAAGUGACACUUUACUAAACAAUACUUGAUAUAGAAGAUGGAUGCAAUGUGAAGAUGUGCACAGAUGUUUUUCUUUUGUUUUUUUUUACAAGGUACAGUGCAAUGUUAUUAUUAUGCAUCCAGCUCAAACGAGUUUUUGAACUAGUUUAAUACUUUAUUGUUAAACACUAAAAAAAACUAUUAUAGAGGAAAAGCGUUCACAUAUAGACAUGUUAUUGGUGCUCAAUGCGUGACAGAAAUAUUCUAUUACAGAUUGGGCCUGAUUUAUAUCUGCCUUAUCAUUUCAGUCCUGGAUAACCAAUAUUUUUCAUGUAUAAAUCGUGUCUGUCUUUAUCAGCCUUUAGCAGUUUAAUAGUAAGGGUUGUGUAGGCUUGGAGAAAAAAAGAAGAGUUUUAUUUCUGCCAGCAUUCAGUUCAUAAUAAUACAGUUAAAUGUUGAGAAAUAAUUAAAUUUAUCUCUGGGGUAUUGCAAAUCCAGAUGCCUUUAGCAAUUCUUAUUAAUUUGACCUGAAGUGAGCCUGGAUGUUAUCAGGUGUAUAAAAUCAAAAAGAAGCGUGUGGUCACAUCAGUGUUGGAGUUUAGUAACCUUAUAAAUUAUUGAGAUUAGUUUAAAGUAGGUUCAAAGUAAUUAUAUUAAUGAAAAAUCCAAAUAACUGAUUAAAAACUGUUUAGGUUGAUCAGCUUUUACAUGAUGGGGUUCUGCUCAAGAGUUUACAGAUCAUUGGCAUGGAUUUUAUUUCAUACCAGAAUUUGAAGCAUCUUUUUUGAAUUUGGGGGGUAACUAUCUUUGAAAAUUAUCUGAGAAAAGUCAAAAGAUAGAUACAGGCUUGCAUGUAUACUUCCUCUAAUAUUUAGCUUAAAGCAAUUUUGCGUCGGGUCCCGGCACAUCUUGCUGUUCAAAACCAUAUGGUGUCAUUAUGGUUGAGGUUCUGGUUAUGCUGGCCUGGUUUAUCAUUUCAAAAAAAGUUUUGACAUGAUUUAAAGUUAUUAUGGAUAAAUCAGGCUAACAUAAAGCUUCAGGAGUGGCCACGCCCUCAACAUUAUUGAAACUGUAUGGAAUAGAUUUAAAAGCUAGGUGUGUAACAGGAAGUCACCUAAUUUAAAUAGUUUCUAGCCUAUCUGAUAAGAGGAGUGGUGAAAUAUUCGUCUAGGAGUUUUUUAAUGCUACAGGUCUGUGGUUUCUUUGAACGUGUAACCAAAUGGUUCAAUGUCAGCUGUUAGGUAUCCAUUUAAAAGGCAAACAAUUUUAAAAGCACCUUUGCAAAAUGAGCACACUAAAGCUUACAUCAGCUGCUGUUCUAGGAGUUAACACGUUACAUCAGAGUGAUCUAAGAACAAUAUUUGGUCAUCCAGGGCUGAAACCUACACAGAUAUGAUGGAUCUUGCAUAUUGUUGCACGACUAAGGUAAAACAGGAAGAGCUUUAUAGGGGAUCUAUUAUGAAUUUUAAAAGAAUAUAAAGGAUUAAAUGGACUGUAUUAACGACAUUGCCUUCAUUUAAUAUUAAACAAAAAGCAACACUUUAGAAA